AUGAAAGUCGGAAUUAUUCUAGGCUCAGUCAGACCAGGACGUAUGAGCUGUCGAGUCGGCGAGCACGUAGCUAAAGCUCUCAAAGAUAGAGGACACACUCCAAAGAUUUUCGACCCUGCUGAAAGUCAACUUCCUCUUCUCGAAAAGCCUCUUCAUUUCUACCCGCCGAAUCAAGAACCACCAGCAAUCCUGAAGCAGCUUCAGCAAGAGCUCAGCAGUCAAGACGCGUUCAUCUUCGUCACCGCCGAGUACAACUUCAACGUUUCCCCAGCGCUGCUUAACUUUGUGGAUCAUUUCCCGUACAAUACUUGGCGAUGGCGUUGUGCCUCGGUCAUUUCUUACUCGAUGGGCAAUUUCGGCGGCAUGAUCGCGCAGCAAACGCUCCGACAGACUUUGGGAAUGAUCGGACUUGCUGUUCUUCCUUCUACCGUCACGCUUCCAAACGUUCAGAUCCAAAUGGACGAGCAAGGAAACUGCGUUGGAGAGCGCAAAGAGUCGAUAGAGAAGAAUAUCAAAAAACUGAUGGACGAGCUCGAGUUCUUCUCUACCGCCGUACUCGCCAAGAAAGAAACCUCCCAAGUUCCCUUCAACUGA